AUGUUCGAAGUGCCGGAAUGGGUGUGGCGAAUGAUAGGAUGGAAGUUUUUUGCGAGAUGCUUGAGUUGUCGACGUGAUUUGCCAAAUGAUAAUGUAGGUCUUCCCAUAUCCCGUUUGUAGCGUUAUAUAUUAUGACAUGUUACCAUACAUGGCCUAUUAUAAUGUUGUAGAUUUUAAACUUGUUUUCAUGAGAUUUUUAUCGAUGAUUGUAAUUUUUGAAUUUUAUUUUUUUUCAUUCGAUAUUAUAUGUUAUGUUAUUUUUAUCGAGAUAUUUAGAGUUCGUUGUCAUCGUUAUCGGUUUCAAGUUCAUCAACGUCUUUGAAUACGGCCGUCGAUGAAUCAUUUAUUCGAAUCAAGUUGUUGACGGAAUGUAACGGACAAUUGUGUCUUCGUAUACAAAAUGAUCACCCAGUCAAUUGGCUAGCCGGACGUUUGGGGGCUAAGUCGAAAAGAAUUAAAUUCUAUCCAAAUGUCUUUAUUCUGCCUCCGGACCGGAGCAGCACGGUAUGUAGUGUUUUUGUCAACGGUGUUAUGUUCCACAGACGCGAUAUGUUUUAUUCGAUUUAGGUUUUUAAAGUUGACAUUAACAUUUACUACUGUACACUGACCUAUUACUCUACUUACUACGACAUUUGGUUGAACAAACCUGUAUAUUGUUCAAAAUCAAUUUGUAAUUAUUUCAGUUUCACGUUACAGUAUCCACUCACCCAUAUCAAGUUGACGAAGAGAAGGUUAAAGCUGGAACAUUAUCUAGGUUCAUUUCGAAAGCCAAAUUCUCGUCCAAAGUCAUUUUAGUGUACUUUUGGCUUGGGAUGGAACCGCCAGAUCGAAAUCCGGAAACUUGUUGGAGGCAGCCCUUUUUGGUCCCAUUGGAAGACCGGGAACACAUCGUUUUCAAAUUACCGUUACUUGAAUAA